AUGGGUUAUGAGGAAGGCAAAGGCUUGGGUAAAUACGGGCAAGGUCUUGUGGCUCCAGUUGAGGCCAGCAAACAGAGAGGACGUCGAGGUCUGGGUCUUCGUAUAGAAGGGCUUGAAGCGCAGGAUAAUCAAGAAUGGGAUAGUAGUGAAGAGUAUGUUGAAGUUAAUGAGGAAGUGCAUUGGUUACCACACUGUCCUGACGAUGUGCCUGACCUGGACACUCUUGGGUCAUGGUCGAGGGAAGGCAAGGAGAAAUUAACAAUAACAGAUGAGACGGAAUUCUGUAGCCCAAAGGUUUUGAAAGGCAUUCUGAGAGCAAAGACCAUAUUUGACCAGCUUGAUGCGAGGGAAUUACAGAGAAGCAGGUCGAGGAGUAAUCCUUUUGAGACCCUGGGAAAACUUUUCUUCCAAAACAGAGCAGCUUUGAAAAUGGCAAAUAUGGAUGCAGUUUUUGACUUCAUGUUCACAAGGCCUGUAGAUGAAACUGGGUAAGAAUCAUUAGUUGGUCCUGAUGAGGUGCUAUACUUUGCUGAUGUGUGUGCUGCCCCAGGUGGUUUCUCAGAGUAUGUUCUAUGGAGAAGAAAAACAGAUUCAGAAAAUUUCUGUGAUGCUAAGGGAUUUGGGUUUACCCUACGCGAAAAUGACUUCAAACUCCAUGAUUUCUUUGCAGCCCCAGCUGAGUUCUUUGAACCACAUUAUGGUAUUAAUGGUCGAGAUGGUGAUGGAGAUGUGUUUCAGCCAACCAACAUUUCAAACUUUGUAAAUUUCGUCCGCAAGAGUUCGGGAGGCCAGGGAGUCCACUUCAUGAUGGCUGAUGGAGGUUUCAGUGUGGAGGGCCAGGAA